AUGGACGUCAACAACCUCUUCAGCGUCAAGGGCAAAGUCGUCCUCGUCACCGGCGGCGCCAAAGGCAUCGGGCGCAUGAUCUCCGAGGGCUUCGUCACCAACGGCGCCAAAGUCUACAUCUCGUCGCGCGACGCGGCGGCGUGCGACGCGGCCGUCGCGGAGCUCAACCGGGCGGGCCAGGCCAGCGGCAGCGGCGGCAGCGCGCACGCCAUCCCCGCCGACUUCUACAGCGAGGACGAGUGCCGGCGGCUGGCGGCCGAGCUGGCCCGCCGCGAGGACCGCCUGCACGUGCUGGUCAACAACUCGGGCUCCAACUGGGGCGCGCCCUACGCGGAGUACCCCGACUCCGCCUGGGUGCGCGUCCUCACCCUCAACCUGCACCGCGUCUUCACCAUCACCCAGCUGGUGACGCCGCUGCUGGAGAAGGCCGCCCAGGGCGACGGCCCCGGCGCCGAGCCCGCCCGCAUCAUCAACAUCGGCUCCGUCGACGGCCUGCGCGUGCCCGCCCUCGAGACGUUUGCUUAUUCCAGCAGCAAGGCCGGCUUGCACCACCUGAGCCGCGUGCUGGCGAGCCAUCUCGGCAAGAGGAAUAUCACUUCCAACACGCUUGCCUGUGGACCGUUCGAGUCGAAGAUGAUGGCGGCGACCCUGAAGCAGUACAAGGACGUGAUCGAGUCGGGGAUCCCACUGCACCGCAUUGGCAGCCCCGAGGACGUUGCAGGCGCCUGCCUCUUCCUGUCCAGCAAGGCUGGCAGUUUUGUCAACGGGGCGACCAUCGCUUUGGACGGCGGCAGCGUGAUCAAUGCGAAGCUUUGA